GUGAUAUGAGAAAUUUUCUUCUUAAAAAUGGAAGGAAGUUGGCUUAUUAUAAUUGUUACUUAAGCUCCCAAACUCUACAUUGAUGCUAAACUGAUGGCAUUUUUUUUUCUAAUAUUGGAUUCUCUCCUCGCUUUGCUUCAGCUUCCACUCUCCCAUCUCUUCCUGUGACACAGGAUCAUUCCACCACUUUGGGAUACCAGCUGCUGAACCCAGAGACCCGCCAUGAAACCACACUUGAAGCAAUGGAGACAACGAAUGCUUUGUGGGAUAUUUACUUGGGGGCUCCUCUUCCUGGUGAUUUUCAUUUACUUCACCAACAGCAGCCCUGCUGAGCCUGCGCCCAGCUCCCUUGCCUUCCUGGAGACUAGGAGGCUCUUGCCCAUGCAGGGGAAGCAGAGGGUCAUCAUGGGUGCCAUGCAGGAGCCCUCCUGGCCAGAAAGCGUGAACACAAACAAGGGGCUGCUGGACGGACACCCCACAGGGCCUCGCGACCUGCAGAAAUGGGCCAAGCUGCAAGAUGGGGUUGAAAAUGAAGAAGAGUUCUUUUUAUCUCAGAUUGGGAGAAAAUCCCCAAAUACCUUCUACCCAGAAGACGACGACUAUUUUUUUGCUGCAGGUCAACCAGGGUCUCACAGCCACGCUCGGGGGACACUGGAGCCCCUCGCCCCCAGGCACUCCGGCAGGUGGAAGGGGUGGCUGCCGGAGAGGAAAAGGCACCGGCCCCGAGGGGGCAGCCCCGUGCUGGAGGAGGGCGAGGCAGGAGGCAGGCUGUACUCCUCCAUGUCCAGGGCCUUCCUGCACCGGCUCUGGAAGGGCACCGUCUCCUCCAAGAUGCUCACCCCGCGCCUGCAGAGGGCCAUGAAGGACUACCUGGCGGCCAACAAGCACGGCGUGCGCUUCCGCGGGCGGCGCGCGGCCGGGCGGAGCCGGGCGGCCCUGCUGUGCGCGCUGCGGCGCCGGGUGCGCCUGCGCACGCUGGACGGCACGGAGCCGCCCUUCGCGGCGCUGGGCUGGCGCGCGCUGGUGCCCGCGGUGCCGCUCGGCCAGCUGCACCCCGGCGGCCUGCGCUCCUGCGCCGUGGUCAUGUCCGCGGGCGCCAUCCUCAACUCCUCCUUGGGGGAGGAGAUAGAUUCUCAUGAUGCAGUCUUGAGAUUUAAUGCUGCUCCCACCCGUGGCUAUGAGAGAGAUGUUGGGAAUAAAACCACUGUGCGCAUCAUUAAUUCCCAGAUUCUGACCAACCCCAACCAUCACUUCAUUGACAGUUCAUUAUAUAAAGAUGUCAUUUUGGUGGCCUGGGACCCUGCUCCUUAUUCAGCAAAUCUUGACCUGUGGUACCAGAAGCCAGAUUACAACCUGUUCACACCAUAUGUCCAGCAUCGUCAGAGGAACCCAGAUCAGCCCUUCUACAUUCUUCACCCUAAAUUUAUAUGGCAGCUUUGGGACAUAAUCCAGGAGAACACCAAGGAGAAGAUUCAGCCCAAUCCACCAUCUUCUGGCUUCAUUGGAAUCCUCCUCAUGAUGUCCCUGUGCAGUGAGGUGCACGUGUACGAAUACCUCCCAUCCGUCAGGCAGACAGAGCUGUGCCACUACCACGAGCUGUACUACGACGCGGCCUGCACCCUCGGGGCCUACCACCCCCUGCUCUACGAGAAGCUGCUGGUGCAGCGCCUGAACACUGGUGCCCAAGGGGACCUGCACCGCAAGGGCAAAGUGGUUCUGCCAGGGCUGCGGGCCGUGCACUGCCCCGCCCCUAACUCUUGAAAAGGGUCUCUGGAGAACCAAUGUGCAAUAAGUACUACGGUUGUGCGCUAAGUCACAAAAGAAUACUUGAACUUGUAUUUUAGGUGUGGUCUUGAGUCUUUAAACUGCAAUUUAGUGAUGGCCUUGAGAAUUCUUCUCUUUCUAAGCCCUUGAGUAUUUAUUGCUGCUUUGAAUCUAUAAUGGAAUUCAAAGGGGAAAAAGAUCAAGAAAGAUGCACAAAACAGAAUACCUGGAAGAAAAUGAAAUGUACAACAACACUGCUAAGUUUUUUCCACGCUGUGGGCACAGCUUAUCAGGGCUGGUGUUAGUGACAGAGCUGAUGCCUGCAACACACUAAACACUAAAGAAAGGUUUAGACAUUUCAAGGCUGCAGGGACAUUGAGGUACAGUGUUUACAGCAUCGAACGUCACUUGUGCAGGCAUUCAUCAAAAAGAUUCUGGAGUUUAUGACAAAUAUCUGACUUUGUCUACAAGGCUGCAGGGACAUUGAGGUACAGUGUUUAGAGCAUCGAACGUCACUUGUGCAGGCAUUCAUCAAAAAGAUUCUGGAGUUUAUGACAAAUAUCUGACUUGCCACUCGGCUGUGUUUAUUUUAACACCAGGAAUCUAGGAUUCCUGUGAGGUGCCUGUGUUUCCAAACCGUUGCAUUCGCCAUCUGUGCUUCCCGUGGCCACAAGUGAUUUGCUCGAUGUCAAGACACAUUUCUGAAACCAUAGAGCAUCAAGUCAAGCAGGCCAAGAACAGUCCAGCCUAUAAUUGCACACAGAGAAGACAUGGUUUUCCUGCACGAUUUUCUUAUCAACGGGGAGCAUCCCCCAGAAGGAAGGAGCAGCACUGGUGAGUAGCACAGAGUAACAAGGCUGCAGGGUAGCCCUGCCUGGGACAUUUCCCCGCCCCAGCACUCCGUCUUGGACCUUCUCACCAGCCAGUCCUCCCCAUGGCCUUCCUAGUCAUACACAGGACAAUGAGGACACCCCUAAUGGGAAGGGCUCCUUCCAACCCAGAAGAAAGGGUUUGGGAGCAGUAACUCCUUCCGGGAUGCACAUCUUUGUCUUUUAUGAGGAUUUCUUGCAGGUUAGUAUCAGCUGUUGGAAACCUGGUACUAAUUCUUCCCACAAAUGGAGAGAUGAAUGUUUAAGAAUCCUGUCCUCAUUUCUACAGAUGUGUUUUAUGUCAGCAACAUAACAAAGCCAUAUAGUUAAAUAAGAUGGUGUGAAAGUGUGGUUCUUUAGCAACAAGGAAAACAUGUAUCUGCUUCAGGGGAAAGACAACUGGAGGGGAAAUGGUCACCUAAGGCAAUAGCUAUAUUCAGUUUUAUUUUACUUAAUCUAAACUUUGGUCACUCAUAUAUUGGGAAAAAAAGAUUUUGAGAUGAACAGAGUGAAACAGAAACAUUUGAAAUACUUAAACAUUGCAUUAUUUCAAUAUGCAACCAAAACAUGUUUCACUGAUCUGUUUGACACUUCUUUGCAAUGACUACAAUAGCUUAGUUAAGUACCUUUCCCCUAGAGAGUGUGUGAAUGGCAGGAAGGCUUAUGGAAAGUUUUUUUGUUCAAGAUUGCUUUUUGCUGAGCCCUCUCAGGAUUGCUUUCUUGAGCAAAGUGAUUUACAGAAACUGACGACUAUUUGGCUCAUCUCAGCAGAAAUCCAAAUGGAUAGCAGAAUCCUAUAGACAUCUUUACUGUAAUAGUGAAGUAACUGAAAUUUUAAUAUGGCAGUGUCCAUGAAAGUCCCUGUGAGAGCUUCGUUUCUGUGUGUAUGAGAAGGGAUGGGUAAUUUUUUCCUGCACAUUAGCUUAUGUUAAGCGCUUUACUCCCUUAUUUCCCUAAAGAGCUCAGUCUCAUCCCAUGUCUAGUGAUGCUGGAUGCGGGUGAGAAAGCGCUGGUGCAGUGAGUAGUCCUCUUGCAGUCCUGGCCCCAGCCCUGGCUCUGCCCUCAAAUGCAGGGAAUGGAGGUUCCCCAGUGGUCCUCGUGAGCCCUUACCACAUCCCGUCACCAGGUCAACCACUGGAUGACUGGAAAGAUUGGUUAGAGGAAAAUGUAUUGGGUCAGUGUAAAUACUCAAGGUCCAAAGCCCCAGAAAACACUUCAAAGAUUUUUAAAUUGCAUUAUGUUGUAACUCAUAUACUUUU